AUGGAUAGUACAAGCAGGACGCGGAUCAUAUCGUGGCAGUUAGUGAAUGCUUUUGUGAUAACUGUGUUCUGGAAGCUUAAGCAUCAACAUGAAAUGAUAUUUGUAUGGGAAGAUGGCUUCUGUGACAAUUGGAAGCUGAGAGAUCCAAUGGAGGGCAAAAUAGAUUAUUUCGGCUUAAAAUAUUCAAAUGAGAUAUUUUCCUCAGCUUAUAAAUCAAAUGUACCUGAUGGAAAUCCAAGUGAAUGUCCAAUUGCUCUUGCCGUUGCUGAGAUGUCAAAUGCAUAUCAUGUAUUUGGAAAGGGAGUUGUAGGCGAGGUAGCAUGUACUGGGAACCCUCGCUGGAUUUAUUCCGAUAGCAUGUCCACCGACGAAUCUUGUUCUGCUUUAGUUGACGAGUGUCCGCAGGAAUGGCUGCUUCAGUUUUUGGCUGGCAUAAAGACGAUAUUGCUUUUGCCAGUGUUUCCCCAUGGAGUUCUACAGCUUGGAUCAAUGGAAGUGGUAGCAGAAGAUGCAGCAAUAGGUACUUAUCUCAAAGCUGAAUUUGAGGCCCAUAAAAAUUUCGAGGCAUGUGAUAGAGAAUCUCCAAAUCAGCAGUUAUCGCUUAUGUCUACUCUCGUGUAUAAUUUAGAGGAGCAAAUGAUCACUGACAUAUAUAAAAUGAACGAAAAUCAGAAGGCCAUUGACGGUGCCAGUCCAAUAUAUCACAAGAUAUCUACUGCAAAUCAGAAUAUGCCAGUGCGUAUGGUCACAGAUUUAAGUGGCAUGUUUGUAAAGGAUGUGCCGUAUACACUUGAAGAUGUGAUUGAGAGCAGAAUCAGCAGGCAAUCAUUAGGCAUGAUUCAUGCAGCUGAAUCACAACACAUGCAUCCAUCACGUGAAGAUAAGAAAUCAGAUAUAACAGAGAGUAAAAUCUUCAAUUCCUUUGGUGUGGAGGAAAACAUCAACACCUUCCCUUACAGUGAUGGCUUCGAUACAAGGAUGUGUGGAGAAUAUAUCAAUGACAUGACAGGUUUUUACACUGAGCCAGGUGUAACUGUACCAACUCUUUCUGCCGAGGAUUGUCAUAACAGCAUUUGUGAAAGUGGAGGUAACAUUUUGAGCUUUCCUGGGGACAGUGAACUGCACAAGGCACUUGGAUCAGCAGUCUCCGGGAACCCUGGUCAAUACCAAUAUGACUUGUCUAUCUCAGGUCACAAUGUAGCUUGCAGUUUGAUCCCUGAUAGUGAUCUUACCUGCAGCAUGGAAUUUUCUGGGAUGGGAGCUCAUGGAUUUUCUGUUAAAGAAGACGAUAUUGGACACCUUUUAGAAGAUCUUAUUGCCAAUGCAUGUGGUAACACCGAUGAUAAUUCCUCCAAUGACAAUUCAUCUAACAAAUUCAACUGUGCAAGCUCAACGAAGAUGUCAACUGGAUUUCUGGGUGCCUCCAAAAGACCUAGUCAAUCCAAACGAGUUGCCUUGGUGGAAGAAGAUCCAGUUCCUUGGAACUUUUCAACACCUGCCUUUACAGCCAAGGGAAGGAAUAGAGUAGAUUAUUUGUUGCCUUCGGCAUCUUCAAUUGAAAGCACCAGGAGUGAAUUGACACACGAACAGAAGCAGAGGCAUGGAAAUGGAUCUGAGAACCCAGGUAAAAGACUAAGCCUGUCAAGUACCAACAAGAGAAGGGUCUGUGCUGUGGAUAAGCAGAAACCUAGACCACGAGAUAGACAAUUGAUCCAAGAUCGGAUCAAGGAGCUGCGGGAGCUUGUCCCAAGUGGUGCAAAAUGUAGCAUUGAUGGACUUCUAGAUAGAACCGUAAAACACAUGCUCUUCUUAAGAAGUGUAACUGACCGGGCUGAUAAAUUGAGGCAGCAAGCUCUAAAAGAGGAAACUGAUGAAAACAUUCCCAAAAGACCUGAAGUUAACAGUGAUCGUCAAAAUGGGACAAGCUGGGCUGUGGAAUUAGGAAGUGAGCAACAAGUCUACCCCAUAGUUGUGAAAGAUCUCGAGCACCCUGGACACAUGCUUAUAGAGAUGCUGUGCAAUGACCACACUCGCUUUAUGGAAAUUGCUGAUGUAAUUUAUAAUUUGCAACUAACUGUGCUCAAGGGUGUGAUGGAAAGACGCUCAGACAAUACAUGGGCCUGCUUUAUUGUCGAGGCCUCGAGAAACUUUCAUCGUCUGGACAUCUUCUGGCCUUUAAUGCAACUUCUGCAACAAAAUCAGGCACCGAGCUCGAGCAAAAUCUAA